AUGAACUAUAAUGGACCAGUCAUUGCAAUAACUGAUAAUACCAAGCUUUAUCCUUAUCUUAGUUAUUGUACAAAUCUUGGAUAUGUUAUUGGGUCUACUUUUUUACUUGAUCAAGCUCGGAUUGGUAAUUAUGACGAAAUAAAAACAGUUAUUCAAAAUAUGAUUUCAAAUAAUGCAAUUGCAAAACAA